UCGAGGGGCUUUGACAUAAUCACAGAGAAAUUUAAGGUUCAAAUGAGAAAUUGAUAAGAUCUAGAUAUUCACAAAAUGUCUAAUCAUAUGCAAUCCGGUUAAAGUAACUUAUGUAAAAGUUUUAGUGAGAGGCAGUAAUAAUCAGUCCGACCAGGGGGGGGCAGUGUCGCACUAACAGCGCAGCGUUUCCCGGAAACACGAAGAACAACAACAACCACAGUGCAAACAUGGGGGCAGUAACAGAUGAUGAAGUCAUACGGAAGCGACUUCUUAUUGACGGUGACGGGGCAGGCGACGAUCGACGAAUAAAUCUGCUGCUAAAGAGUUUCACCAAAUGGUGCAACUCGCCAGGAACGCCGGAGGAGGGAUUUACCCAGUACCAGAGGAUGCUCGGGACGUUGGCUCAGUGUGAGUUCUCCAUGGGGAAGACAUUGAUGGUUUACGACAUGAAUCUUCGGGAAAUGGAAAAUUAUGAGAAGAUUUACACAAAUAUAGAGCAAAACAUUACGUCUGCACACGAGAAGAUCACUGAUUGUAAAAAGGAAAUUCAGAGGGCCAAGAGGAUACGAAAAAAUCGUCAAGAAUAUGAUGCUUUGGCAAAGGUGAUUCAGCAGCAUCCAGACAGACAUGAUACGCUCAACCAGCUGGAGGCACUUGACAAAGAACUUCAGCAACUGUCUCAUAUCAAGGAGAAUGUGGAUGCAAAAUUGGAAUUAAGGAAGAAGCAGUUUCAUGUCCUCCUCACUACUAUUCAGGAACUACAGCAGACACUUGAGAAUGAUGAGAAAUCAGACAAUGAGGACCAAAAUCAGGGGAGCCCAGCAGAGAAUGACGAAUAGAUAUGAGCAGUCAUGCCUGACUGAAAUAAAAGUAGAUUUUACCUGAAAUUGGGUUUGCUUUGGAAUCCUUUUUGUAUGUAUUUUUUAAUAAAGUUCAUUGUCCAUGUUUUUCUGUCUGUUC